AUGGCCGAGGCAAUUGUUUCCACGAUCUUGGAGCAGCUGACUGCAAUCACCAUUGACAAAGCAAGCGAAGCGUGGAGGCUGGUGAGAGGUGUUGAGAAAGAGGUCAAAAGGCUUGAGAGCAAUUUCAAGGCAAUCCAGUACGAGCUUGAAGAUGCGGAGGAAAAACAAUAUGUGGACAAACGUCUGAAACCUUGGUUAGAAAGGUUCAAACAAGUUUCUUAUGACAUGGAAGAUGUAUUGGACGACUGGAAAACUGCUGUCCAGAAGUUGCAAAAAGCAGAUCAUGGAGUUGGAACCAGUGCUACUGUUCCGAAGCGGAAGUUAUGUCCCUUUGUUUCAUGGUUUUCCUUCGGUUCUAAAGUCGUUAGCCGUCAUGAGAUUGCUACCAGAAUAAAAGAUAUCAAUGAAGAGCUUGACGAGAUUGUUAAAGACAAAGAUAAGCUUGAAUUGGUAAAAAGAGAAAUUAUUCAGCUACCAAAACGGCCAGAAAGCACUUCUUUUGUGGAUGCGUCAAAGUUAUACGGUCGAGAUGAUGUCAAAGAAGACAUAAUAAGGACGUUGCUGUGUGGAACUAGUGAAGAAGAAGAAGCAAUUUCCGUUCCUACAGUCACUAUUGUAGGGAUGGGAGGAAUAGGGAAAACAGCUCUUGCCCAACUGAUUUAUAAUGACCCCAGAAUUCAGACCCAUUUUGACAAAAAAAUUUGGGUGUGUGUAUCAGAUCCCUUUGAUCCUAGCCAAAUUGCAAGAGCAAUUCUUGAAGGUCUUGACUUAUCACUUCAAAAUACAACUCCAUUGCAAACCCUUUUGAGCAAGAUCAGUGAAAACAUUAAAGAAAAAAAAUUGUUUCUUGUUCUGGAUGAUGUGUGGGCAGACCAUGGACAAGAUUGGGAACAACUAAAAGCUACUUUCCAAUCUUUCAUGUUGGGAAGUAGGAUUUUAGUAACUACUCGUAAGGAUUCAGUUUUAAACCACUUGGAAUCCUCCCAUGUCUUUCAUUUAGAUCUAUUGUCUGAGGAGAUAUGUUGGUUGAUACUUUAUCAAAAAGCAUUUACAGGAAGGAAACGGAUUGGCUGUGACAAUUUAGAGGACAUUGGAAGGGAGAUUGCAAAGAAGUGCAAAGGUUUACCACUUGCUGCAACAACUUUAGGAGGUCUCCUACAAGGUAAAUUACGAAGAGAAGAGUGGCAAAAUGUUUUGAAUAGUGAGAUGUGGAGAUCAAAUUUUGAACAAUAUAUUUAUGCACCUUUAUUGUUGAGUUGUUUUGAUUUGCCUUCAGCAAUAAGACGAUGUUUUUUGUAUUGUGCAAUCUUUCCCAAGGAUUAUGUAAUUGGUAAAGAUGAAUUGGUCCAGCAUUGGAUGGCGCAAGGAUAUUUGAACUCUGUUGACAAUUUGGGGGCUGAAUUAGAAGGUGAACAUCACUUCAAGUGCUUAGCAUCUCAUUCUUUUUUCCAAGAUUUUGACAAAGAUACUAAUGGCGACGUAAUUCGCUGUAAGAUGCAUGACAUGGUACAUGACUUUGUCCAGUUUUUGACCAAAUGCGAAUUCAUCACAGAGAAGAUAGAUGAAGAUUUAACAUUGGACUUAUCUUCCAAAAAUCCUCGUCAUUUGAGGUUGGUGAUUGAAAAUUGCAGCUCUUCUCCUAUGUCCAUUUAUGGCACAGAAAAAUUGCGAAGCCUUGUAGCAGUUUAUCAUGUUAAAACAGCUUUUGGUAAAAUAGCUUCUGAAGCCCCACAUAACUUGCUUAGUGGAUCCCAGCAUCUAAGACUAUUGGAGUUAUGCUCAUUUUGUCUAGAUGCAAAAGGAAUUGCUCGUGACAUGGGAAAUUUGAUUCAUUUGAGGUACCUUUGCUUGAAAGGUUGCAAUGGAAUAGAAACUUUGCUUGAAACAGUGUGUGAAUUGCCUAAUCUACAAUCUUUGAAUAUUGAAUAUUGCUCUGAUCUCAAGAAACUGCCAGUUGGAAUCGAGAAAUUGAUUAACUUGAGGUAUCUUUGUACUAAGGGUUGUUAUGAACUGACUUACUAUCCAAAAGGGAUUAGUAAUUUAACUUCUCUCAUGAGAUUAAGUAAUAUCAAACUGAGAGCAGAUUGUAAUGAUCCUCAUCGAUUCAGUAUUGGAGAUUUAGAAAACUUGGACCUCCUUGGUGGAAACCUUUGUGUUGAGCUGCGUGGGAAUUCAAUAGAUCAGGAAGAGGCUAAGAGGGCCAAGCUUCACAAGAAGACACAUCUCAAGCAAAUGGAGAUUUGGAUCUGCUCUCCGCAUAUAAAGAAGGAGGAGGUAGUUCAAGCUUUAAACCCGCCAUCCAACUAG